UCAGUUUGAACAAUGUAAUGGUUCAUUUUACUACUCGCUGUCACUAUCAAUUGUACCUCAAAUUACAAAAUCUGGUGUACUACUAGUAGUUAGUGACUUUUUAUAUACAGAAGCGCAGUGGAAUAGUAGGCUACUUUGUAAAAGCACAAAGGUUGAAUUCAGAAGGUCAAUAUUGUGAGAAUUUCUGACUAGAUAUCUGAGUGCAUGUGUUGUGGUGAUGGUACAUGCUAAAAUUCUCUGAAACAAGAAUCAAGAAAAAGUAUAAGGUAUGGGUAAAUCAAAGCAAGCGCAAAGACCCGCAGUUGAGGAUAUUGGUAAUGACUAUGAUAUAUCUACUUUUAUACCUACCCCACCGGAUGGUGGAUGGGGAUGGGUAAUUGUCUUGGCGUCGUUCGUUAGUAAUUUUAUUGUUGAUGGUAUCUGCUACACAUUUGGUAUAUUUUUGCUGGAAUUUUCACAAGCCUUUGAUGAAUCAAAAAGUAAAAUUUCAUUAGUUGGAUCAUUACAAGCUGGAAUGUAUUUAUGUGCAGGUCCAAUUGUCAGUGCAUUAACUAAUAGAUUUGGAUGUCGUCCUGUAACAAUUGUUGGUAGUAUGAUAGCAGGUGGAGCUUUCCUAUUAGCAACUUUAUCACCAUCAGUCGAUAUGCUACUUGUCACUUACGGUUUACUUGGUGGGUUUGGUUUCGGUAUGAUGUAUUUACCAGCUAUUGUUAGUGUUGGUUUUUAUUUUGAUAGAAGAAGAGCAAUGGCAACAGGCAUAGCUGUAUGUGGUUCAGGUGUGGGGACUUUUGUAUUUGCACCCCUAUCAAAAUAUUUAUUAGAUAUCUAUGACUGGAAAAAUGCUUUACUAAUUCUUGCUGGUAUUGUAUUAAAUGGAAUAGUUUGUGGUGCACUAAUGCGCCCAUUAAAACCAGGGGUAGACAAGAAAAAAGGUGGAUCUGGUGUGGCUUAUUCUUCAGUGCCUAAUAUUGUUAUUACCAGGGUUGAUCAAACUGUUGAUGAUAUUAAUUCAAGUGCCUGUGUUGAAACAUUAACUACUGGUGAUAAAACAGAAAGCGAUCAAUUAGUACAGGUACCUUGUGUUAACAUGGAAGAUAAAGUACACAGAAACGCCUUAGAAUUACCAAAUGCUAAUCGAACAUUUAUAUCAGAUGCUAAUAUUCAUAAAUUAAAAGACGAAUUGGCUCGUCCUAUGUAUAGAAAAGAUCUCUUUUAUAGUGGAAGUAUCAUGCACAUACCACAAUAUCGUUCACAACAAGACAUGAAAACUUACAUUAAGAGUGUAACAAGUAUUCCAGGAGACAUGCUUGAUGAUGAGUCGUACCAUUUUAUACGAUGUAAAUGUAUUCCGAAUUCUGCCAGGGAUGCUUUAGAACAAAUGUUAAAUUUCUCUGUUCUAAAGAAUGUGCCGUUCUUGUUCAUAUGCUUUGGUAAUAUACUUUCGAUGAUCGGAUUCUACGUACCGUUUGUUUACAUCGCUGAUAAAGCUGUCGGUUUGGAAAUAGCUCCACAAAAAGCUGCAUUCCUCCUUUCAAUUAUUGGCAUAACCAAUACAGUGGGUAGAAUAUUAGCUGGUUGUUUGGCAGACUUCAUGAAGGGACGAAGUUUACUGAUAAACAAUAUUUCUAUGUUAUUAUGUGGUAUUUCAACGUUAUUAUGUCCUUUCUGCGAUACCUAUAUCACUCUUUGUAUUUAUACAGCAGUAUUUGGUUUGUGUGUAGGUGUCUAUAUUUCCCUUUCUUCUAUAAUAUUGUGUGAUUUACUUGGCUUAGAACACCUUACAAGUGCCUUUGGUUUAUUAACAUUAGCCCGUGGUUUAUCAUCCUGUGCUGGACCACCUAUAGCAGGUGCAGUUUACGAAAUGACACAAAGUUUAAAUCCAUCUUUUUAUUUAAGUGGGGCAAUGAUUACCGCUGGAGCUGUAUGUCAUUUUAUAUUGAUGAUGCCAUGCAUGAGACGUUUUGCACCAGAAAGAAACACGGAAGUUGCAGACGAAUAA